AUCGGAUAUGUACCCGACCCACCAAUCCAAAGAGGUUAUCUAUAAAAACGGCCAAGAAGAAAAUUAGGGUUUCUCUGCCUGUUAGCUUCCAUUCCAUCGCUGCCACUCCCUCUUGCUAGGCUUUCAGCGCCUUCGAUACCUGCAAAUAUGACUAAGAGGACAAAGAAGGCUGGCAUUGUUGGGAAAUAUGGUACCCGUUAUGGUGCCAGUCUGCGAAAGCAGAUUAAGAAGAUGGAAGUUAGUCAGCACAGCAAAUUUUUCUGUGAAUUUUGUGGAAAGUAUGCUGUGAAGAGAAAAGCUGUAGGAAUAUGGGGAUGCAAGGAUUGUGGCAAAGUGAAAGCAGGAGGAGCAUACACUUUGAACACCGCAAGUGCCGUGACUGUACGGAGCACCAUCAGGAGGUUGAGGGAACAAACUGAAAGUUAAGCUGUUAGCUUUUUUGCUGGAUGCAAGUCUCUUUUAAUUAAGUGUAGUUGAUUUUCAGAGAACUAUGUCGAUUGUACUCAAAUUAAAACUUCUAUUGAGUGUCUACCUGAGAUCAAUUUUAUUUUAUUGCAAAGCUUUCUGUUAUAGAGCGAAUACACUUUUCUUGUUUCCGUUCAUUAUUUAUUACAAGCUCGAGGUUUCUAUUGA